AUGGUUAGGCCUUCGUGGCCGUGCCUGCUCGCGCUGCUCCCGCUAACCAGCACGCUGCAGCACGCGAGACCGGCGCGCCAACACUUAACAACACGAGCAUCCGUCGUCCCGCCCGAAGGCCUCACCGCCGAACCGGAAACGACGUCGUGGGAGCCGACGUCGUGGGAGCCGUCGCUCGCCACCCACGUUACAAAGUCGCUCGAGAGCCUCCAGUCCGCGGAGAUCCUCGAGGCGUUCGUGGACCGCUGCGCGACGCACCGCGGCGCCCAGCGCUUCGGGCGCGGCGGCGACGUCGGCGCGCUCGCGGCGGACGCGGACGCCGCGCGCGAAAAGUACGCGGAGCUCGACUGGCUCGUGAGCGCGGAGCACGCCGGCGACGGGAGCGUGCUGCCGCUCGCGAACCACAGCCUCGCGACGGCGCUGACGGCGCGGCUCGAGCGGGCGCUCGACGCCGCGGAGCGCGGCGACGUCCUCGAGGUCGACGACCUCCUCUUGGUCGUCGACGCGCUCGACGAGUUCGACAGGCUCCAGGCCUGGCUCGAGGACCGGCCCCGGACGCCGGCGCUCGAGCGGCUCCUCGCGGGGUCGCCGCUCCUCGCCGACGCCGGCGCCUACGAGGCCGCGACCGCGUGCUGGCCGCUGAGGAGCGCGUUCGAGGAGCACGACGGCGAGCUCCGGCUCUCGGGCGCCACGUUCCCCGAGCUCGGCGCCGCGCGGUCCCGGGAGAAGGCGGCCAAAGUUGCGUUGGAAAGCAGCAAGAAGGACGCGCACCCCGACGGCGCCAAAGCCGCGGAGAAGGCCGGCGGCUUCUUCGAGCUCGAGGGCCGCUGGGUCGUCGCGAUGCGGUCCAACGCCAUCCCCAAGGACGGCUUCGUCCACGGCGCGAGCCGCACGGGGCAGACGCAGUACGUCGAGCUCUCGUCGCUCGUGUCGCCGACGAACGAGGCGAAGCGCGCGCUGUCCAUGCGCCGCGCUGAGGAGGCCGCGGCGCUCCGCGCCUGCGCGUCGGCCGUCGCGGGCCACGCGGCUGUAGUGAGGUCCCUGCUGGACGCCGUCGCGGGCCUCGACGCGCUCCGCGCGCGCGCGCGCUUCGGGAAGGCCGUCGGCGGCACGAUCCCCAGGGUCGCCGACGGCGCCGAGCUCGCCGUGACGAACGCGCGCCACGCGCUCCUCGCCCUCCGCAACGACGGCGUCGUCGGCAACGACGCGCGGCUCGGGCCCGGCGGCGCGCGGUGCUUGGUCAUCUCCGGCGCGAACGCGGGCGGCAAGUCGGUACUACUCAAAACGCUGGGCCUCGUGGCCGUGCUCGCGCGCUUGGGCGCGCCCGUGCCCUGCGACGAGGGCGCCGUCGUCGGCUGCUUCGACCCGAUCCUUGCGGACAUUGGGGACGCGCAGAACGCCGACGGCAACGUGUCGACGUACGUCGGGCAUCUGCUCGUCGCCAAGGCGGCGCUCGAGGCCGCGGACGCGGACCGGGCGGAGCGGCCGCUCGUGCUUUUGGACGAGCUCGGCAGCGGCACGGACGCGGCCCAGGGCGGCGCGCUCGCGCAGGCCGUCUUGGAGGAUUUAGUGGACAAGGACGCGGUGCUCGUCUGCACGACGCACUCCCAGUCGCUCAAGUUCCUCGCCGCGGGCGACGACGACGACCGCUUCCUGAGCGUGGCCAUGGCGCCGGGCUUCACGGCCGUCGCGGGCCGCGUCGGCGAGUCGCGCGCGCUCGACAUCGCGCGCGACCGCGUCCGGUUGCCGGACCGCGUCGUCGACCGCGCGGAGCUGCUCCUCGGCGACUCGCAGCGCAAGCUCGCGGACCUGGCGCGCGACCUCGACGCGGCGCGCGAGGCCGCGGACGCGACGGCCGCCGACGCGCGGCGCGAGGCCGCCGCGGCCGCGGCCGCGCGCGCCGACGCCGACGCCGAGGCCGCGGCGCUGCGCGCGGCGACGCUCCAAGCCGAGGAGACGGCGGCGCGCGACUACGGCGACCGCCUCGCCGCGCUGGAGGACCGGCUCCGGGCCGCCGAGGCCGCGGCGGCGCUCGACGCGAAGCUCGCGGCGGCGCUCGAGGACGAGCGGGCCGCCGCCGCCGCCGCGGCCGCGGCGAAGAACGUCGAGCGCCGGGGCCUCGCGCCGCUCGCGUCCGCGGACGCCGUCGCCGUCGGCGACGCCGUCGUCGUCAUCCGCGCGGGCGUCUGGUACGCCAAGCCGGCGAAGGUCACGGCGCUCCUCCCGAAAAAGGGCGUCCUCGUCGCGGUCGACGGCGUCGACGCGGCCGUCGGCGGCGACCUCAAGGUCAAGCUCAAGGAGCUGUCGCUGCCGCCCGCGGGCGCCGAGGCCGCCGCGCCCGCGAAGAAGCAAAAGCCCCGCGGGAAGAAGGUGCCCAAGCAGCUCGUCGGCCUCGACGGCCCGGAGCCCGCGGCGGCCGCGGCGCCGCCGAAGAACGACGCGAACGUGCGCGGGGACUUCAACACGCUCGACUGCCGCGGCAUGCGCUACGACGACGCGGAGCGCGAGACGGACUACUUCCUGGACCGCAUGCUCCGCCAGGGCGCGUCGUCGGCGUUCGUCCUCCACGGCCACGGCACGGGCGCGCUCAAGAAGGGCCUCCGGUCCUACCUCGCGACGCACCCGCUCGCGAAGCAGGCGAAGCCCGCGGCCCACGACGACGGCGGCGACGCGUUCACGCGCGUCUACGCCAACCUCGAAAAGUACGCGGCCUUCGACACGACGCACGGCGUGGCGUCGUCCGAGGGCCUGUCGCUGCGCCUCGGCGCCUCGAGCGCCGUCGGCGGCGCGCUGCUCCACGGCGACGAGGCCUGGGAGCGGCGGCUCGAGUUCGGCGCGCCGAGCGUCGUCUACGACACGGACCGCUACAAGCUCUGGUACGGCGCCUGCGUCGCCGGCCGCUGCGGCUCCGGCGACGCGACGCGCGCCUUGCUCUACGCGGAGUCGGCCGACGGCGUGCGCUGGCGGAAGCCGCGGCUCGGGCUCGUGCACUGGCCCGUGGGCGGCGCGAGCGCGGCGAACAACCUCGUCGUCAUGGGCGCCGGCGGCGCGGGCGUCUUCGAGGACGCGAACCCGCGCGAGCCCUCGAGCCGGCGGUUCAAGGCCGUCGCGGCCGUCGCGCCGCGGGGCGCGGCGCCGCGGCGCGGCGCGCUCGCGUCGCGCGACGGCCGCGCCUGGGAGCGGCCCCGCCUCGGCACGGGCGCCGGGUCGCGGGACGGCCCGGCGAGCGCCUUCUGGGCCGCGGCGCUCGGCCGCUACGUGUCGUUCGCCGCGCGCGGCGGCGGCAACGGCACCGUGGGCCGGCGGGAGCAGCGCGGCUGGGCCGGGCGCGCGGGCGCCGCGACGACGGCGCUGCGCGGCGCGGCGGCGCUCGCGGCUUUUCCGUUUUACAGCGCCUACCUGGGCUUCGCGGCCGCCCGGGGGCGGUGCGAGCCGUACUGGUCGCCGGACACGGAGCGGUGGUUCCCGCUCGUCGACGCGCGGUCCGGCCGGCGGGACGUCGUGCCGCCGGGGAACGGCGUCGUGUGCGGGCGGCCCGUCGUCGCCGGGGGGCGCACGACGGUCUACUAUCUCGAAGGCGCGGGCAACGCGACGCUCCGCGCGGCCGCCUACGGGUCCGACGCGUUCGCGGGCCUCGGCGCGGGCAAGCGCGCGGGCACGCUGCGGUCGCGCGCGCUGCCCUGCCGCGGCGAGCCGCCCGCGGUCACCGUCGCCGUCGGCGGCGCCGGGUCCGUCAAGGCCGCGCUCCUGGACGUCCGCGGCGACGCGCUCGCGGGCUACUCCAUGGCCGAGUCGUCGCCCAUCCUCGCCGACGCGGCGGACGCGACGCUGGCCUGGUCCGCGACGGCGACGCGCGUGCCCGAGCUCCCGGAGAGCUGCGUGCUCGUGCUCGAGCUCGCCGACGCGACGGUCUUCACCUUUGGGUUCCCGCGGCCGCCGCCGCCGCCGCGGCCGCGCGACGCCGCGGAGCGCCACUUCGCCGAGGCGCUCCUCGUGGGCGAGGCCGAGCUCCUCGGCAUCGCGCGGCUCUUCGGGCUUCUGGGCGCGACGACGCUCGCGUGCGCGGGCCUCCGCGGCGCCUGCGCGCGCGUCGCCAACUGCGUCCACCGCGACCGCCGCAAGGCGCGCGCGGCGGACCUGGGCCUCGAGAGCCGCGAGACGAGCUAA